AAAAAUCGUUACUUUAAGUUUGUGGACGGUUUACUUUCACAUAGGUAUCAAAGUAAGCUCUUCACUUGAGUGAGCACAAGAAAAAAAGUGGUAUUUAAUACACUUUAUAACUAGAAAUAAACAUAAAUUUCCAUCCGCGGCCUGAUUUUUGUGCAAUUGACUUCAGUUGAUUUAGCAAGCUGUGACGGACUUACAAUUUGAAACGACGGUGCGGAGCUAGAAAAGGGAAAACAGGAAUAGAUAUUGCUGAUAAAGAAAGAUGGCAUUGACCACGAAACAAAUAGAUGAGUUCUGGCGUUUAGCUGAUGCAAACAAUGAUGGCAAACUGACAGUUCAGGAGCUUGCACGCGCUGUCAGAAAGUAUGACAAAAAUGUCUCAGACGCUGCUAUUGCUGGUAUGUUUUGUGGCGUUGAUAAAGAUCAGAGCAAGACUAUAUCCAAAAAUGAGUUCUACAAUGACAUGAACGAAAGAGAAAAACGAUCGGCCGCUAUGGAAAGGCUUUUCAAGAAAUAUGACAAAGACAAUAGUAACACGCUGAGCAGAGGGGAGUUCAUCCAGUUAAUAAAGGACUCUUUCAAAGAGGACAGAGUGAAUUCUGUCGUCGGUGAAUUUCUCAAUUACAGUGAUAAGAAUGGCGACGGAGUCAUCACCUAUAAUGAAUUCAAAGAGUUUUUCGGGUAAAAAUUCGGACAGAUAUAUUCGGAUAGAUUUCAUUAAAAGUGAGGAGUGUUCGGAUACUUGGAAUUUGUUUAACUUCCCACAGGCUUAGCUUUUUCAUAUUAGUGUAUGCAAAUGCAUCUGUUUCCAUGAACUAUACGAGAAUUUUCCAUACGUUGAAGUUUUAAAGACUUAACGAACACACAGAUUGUAAAAAUUAUCACAUAUUUAAUUCACUGUUCAUUUUCGGAUGAAAUUUGGUUGGAUAAUUACCACUGUAUUCAUAAAUUUUGAUAUUGUUUCAGAAUUGGAAAAUGACGAAAACCGUUUUACAUUCUCUCCAAAUUAAUUCGUUCUCAAGUUUAGUUUGUUAUUUUAUAUAUCCACAUAUAUAAUAUAAAUUUUAGGUGCUAAUAUUAUAUCAGAAUUGUUUAUGUAUUUUUGUAUGUAUAUAUAAAUACAAAGUAUAACAAAAAAGU